AUGAACUUCCUCCAAAGCUUGAAAACCUUAAAGAAUCACAUUCAUAUUUGUGGAAUUUAUCCAUUUAUAUUGACGAUUUAUGGAUUUUCAAAAAUUGUAGAAAAAAUCUUCGGAAUCGGAUCUAUUUGGGUAACAAUGUGGAAAAUUUUAUCAGCUAAUAUUGGUGAAACUAAGGAAUUUCGAAUGGCAAUCAUGUCACCACUUUGGAUCAUCCUAAUUUACUACCUCACUGUCGCAUUCUUCUUUUACAUCCGAAGAGUCAAGUUCUUCAAGCCAUAUAAAAUUCAGCCGGAUGUAAAAAAUAAAUUUUCUGCUGCUGAGAUUAAUGAAAUUAGGAACAGCAUCUUGUUCAAUCAAUUUGUUAUACUUCCGUUGUGCUUUUGGGCUGUUUAUCAUUUGUUUCUGCAUGAAAAUCAUCCAAUGCUGGAUUUUGAAACCAUUCCAACAUUUCCAGUUGUAUUCUCGAAAAUUGUCAUUAAUCUGAUGAUCUUCGAGUUUACUUUCUAUUAUUUCCAUCGAGCUUUCCAUCAUAAAUGGAUUUACAAGUACUUCCAUAAGCAGCAUCAUAAAUUUACAGCACCGUUCGCUUUAGUGGUUCAAUAUUCUCAUCCAUUAGAAUAUGUAAUUUGCGAUGUGAUUGCACCAGGAAUCGGACUCUUUGUAACCAAGUGUGAUGCAGCAACUGCUUUGGCAUACUCAGCUGUUGUAACUUCAAUGACUGUCAUCUAUCAUUGUGGAUAUCACUUACCAUUUCUUAUGAGUCCAGAAGCUCAUGAUUAUCAUCAUGCGUACUACUAUGAAUGCUUUGGCAGCAAUGGAUUGAUGGACUUCUUGCAUGGAACUUCGAAGAAUUUCAUAAAAUCUGAAAGAUUUAAGAUGCAUCAGACGUUUUGGGGGAUAGGAACAGGUUGCAAUAAGAAAGUUGAUUAA